AGUGUCGAGAGGGAAAGAAUUCUACGUGGCAAGAAUUUCUCUCCCUAAAAAUUCGCUCGUUUUCUCUCUAAUAAAGCACAGCUUUUUGUUUCUUGCUUUUCAGGCUUUAGCUUCUUUGUUGCCAAUCUGGAGAUUCUUGAUUGACCUUUCACCUCUUAUUUAUACAUCUCAAUCGCACAAAUAUACCAAAUGCCAUUCUGUUUCUUGGUCUCUGAAACAUCUAAUGUCUGAAAUCUCCUUUUGAAGCUAAUUGUUGCUAAUUAUAGGAGCCAUCUUCGCUAAUCAAGAGAAAUUCUUUUUUCCCCUACCAAAAGUGUUUAUUUCCAUUUCUUUGCUUCAAUAGCUUCCUAAUGCAGAUUCUUGGCGUUUCUUGAUUUCCCAUUUUCAAUUUCCUUGUUCUUCUUUACCUUACUUUGGCAUUGCUUUAAAAGAAUUAUCCAAGAAACAGAAGUAGAAACAAAAACAAAAAUAAAAUCGUUGUUCUGUCUGUUGCCGGAGUUUUGUAGAAAGAUUUCAAGAGAUCAAAAUGUUCACCGGAUUAUUAAAAUCGAAAUUCUAUACAAAAUGCCACUCGCUCAUGAAGAUGACGAAGACGCGACUCGAGGCGUUAAAGAAUAAGAAAAGCUCGGUGAUAAAGUUCUUGAGGAAAGAUAUGGCUGAUCUUCUAAAGAACGAUCUUGAUUAUAAUGCUUAUUGCAGGGCUGAAGGACUUCUGGUUGAGCAAAGGAUGAGAGCGUGUUACAAUUUCAUCGAACAGUUUUCUGCAUGUAUCUCCAGUCAUAUUUCAAUCAUGAAUAAACAAAAGGAAUGUCCUGAGGAAUGCAAAGAAGCUGUACAAUCUCUAAUAUAUGCUGCAGCAAGAAUUGCUGAAUUUCCAGAACUGCGAGAUCUGCGAAGUCUAUUCACUGAAAGAUAUGGAAAUUCCCUCGAGCCCUAUACCAAUAAAGAGUUUGCUGAGAUGUUGAGGCCAACAUCUGCCUCAAAGGAGAUGAAACUUCAAUUAAUGCACGAAAUAGCAGAAGAAUUCAGUAUAGAAUGGAAUUCCAAGUCUUUGGAACAGAAACUCUUUAAACCACCUUCCACUCAAGAAGAUCAGCACAGGCCCAAAAACAAGGAUGAUAUUGUUGUCCCGAAAGCGGACUGCCCAGAUGUCGAUUUGGUGAAAAGGGACAGCCAUGAGACAGAAAACAAAGUGAAUGUUAUGAAGCUGGAGAAUUUCUUUCUGAGCAACCCUGAAAAAGAAAUCGCCUCCUCUGGCGAAAAGAGGAAUGUGAUUGAUGAGAGAUAUAAUCAGCCAACCAGCAGUGAAGAUGAGAUAAAUUCAGUUCACAGGAGAAAUAACAGUGACUUAGAUAGCAGACAAGCUAGUUCAAGUUCUGUAGGAAGUGUUUCGGAGGAUGAAGUUGAAAGCAAGAAGCCCCUUUACUACAAAUUCGUUCCACCCCCUUAUGUCAAACAAAAUGUUGAAAAAGAAGCAGGCAAGAUUGAAGAACCUGCAAAACCAACAGGCCAUACUGAUGAUUCAGUUAAUGACGCUAAGCCAAAACCGAGAUCAGUUCGAAGGAGACACUUGCAGCCGCCUCCAGGUCAUGAAAAUCUAGGCAAUGAUGCAAAAACACCAGUAAAGCAAUUUUCAGGUCAUGAAAAUGUUGACAGCGCUGAACCUGGUGGAUUAGCAAAGACUAAUGCAUGGGCAGAGAAAGAAGAACAAACUAAUGUUGUUAACCAAAGAGAUGAAAAGGAUUACAGCAAGGACAAAGUGAAACCAACUCAAAAAACUAUACAUGAUAGUUAUAAGGCGUCAGGUCGAAGAAACAAAAGUUCAGAGUUACCUCUUCCGCCUGGCAGAGAAGCAAUUAAGAAGGCAUCAAAAAGGCAUAAUCGUGCAAUUUCAUUGCUUCAAGAGGCAUUGACUGGGCAUGUGCACCCUAACUUGCCUGAUUAUGAUGAUAUAGCUGCUCGGUUUGCAGCUAUGAAAGGGAGAUAAAAGAUGAUGAUGGCAUUAGGUGGUUUAGUGUUCUUUCCUGUUAUUAAAAAAAAAAAAAAAAGAAAGAAAGAACAAAAUUAAAAAAAAAAAAAAAAUUAGAAAAGAGAAAAAUUUGCUGUUCUAUUGAUAUACACAGGAAAGGAAAGAAUUAGUAGUUUGCUAUAGUUUUCUGAUUGUUUACUUCUUUAAAUUUGUUAUAUUCUAUAUGGAACAAUACAUAUAUUCAUUCAUUGA